AUGGCACCUCGUCUGUUAAACAAGAUAUGCCUCAUCACCGGUACGGGCGGCGGUAUGGGGCGUGCAGCAGCCCUCAAAUUUGCCCAGGAAGGCGGAAUAAUCGUUGGUUGUGACAUCAAUGCUGUGACCGAUGCAGCAACUGUCAAAGCUGUACGAGAACAAGGUGGUGACAUGAUAUCCUUGACUCCAUGUGAUCUCACAAAACGCGAAGACUGUGAGCAAGUGGUCAAGCUAGCUAUUAAAACACAUGGACGCAUCGAUGUACUGUACAACAAUGCAGCGAUGGCCUACAUGAGCUGGCUUGAUGAGGCCAAGGAUGACGAUUGGUACAAAACAAUUGACCAGGAGUUAAACCUCGUCUACCUGUUGACUCGUGUCGCAUGGCCACAUCUAAAGGAUUCUGGUGCAUCAAUCAUCAAUGUUGGCUCUACCAACAGCUGGAUUGCCAUUCGAUCAGUGGCUAGUGUUGCUCACACAGCUGCGAAAGGCGGUAUUAUUGCCAUGACUCGCCAGUUGGCCAUGGAAGGUCGUGAGCACGGUAUCCGAGCCAAUUCAAUUUCACCAGGCCUUAUCGAGACUCUACAAACUGCACCGUUGCUUGUAGACCAGGAGUGGACCUCGAAUAUGAUGCAGCAGAUUAUGCUUGGCCGCACCGGUCAGCCAGAAGAGGUUGCGGCCGUGGCUUGCUUUCUUGCUUCAGAUGAGAGCUCUUAUAUCACUGCUGCAGAUAUUCGGGUUGAUGGUGGUAUGACAGCCUGGUAG